AUGUGGAAGCUCAAUUUUGAUGAUAUCUACAAAGGAAAUCCUAGGCCAACAGGCAUUCAGGGCAUUGUCAACGACGCCAAGUGGUGUUUGUUGCGGCUUUGCUGGUUCUAUUGGAAUUUCAUACUCCAGGAGGCUGCGGAAGAAAAAGGAGACAAAAUCUCACUGCAAAAUGGGAGGCCUGAUCUAGACUUUGAUUUGAUCAACGAUCUACCUGUGGAUAUUUGCAAUGCCAUCCUUUUGCGUUUGUCAAUAACGGACGCAGUAAGAACAAGUAUCCUGUCGAGGAAAUGGAGGUACAGAUGGGCUUCCAUUCCACAUCUUGUGUUUGAUAAAGAUUGGAUCCUGCCAAAACACCAUGAGGUUGUGGACAUUAUCAAUAGAGUCCUCUCAGUCCAUGAAGGCCCGGCUCACAAGUUUGUCUGCUCUGAUCACUUCUUGCCACUCGGUCAAUGCGGUCAUCAUAUGGACCAAUGGAUUCUUUUCCUAUCACAGCAUGGGAUUAAGCAACUCACCCUUGGACCUUUUAAGCGUGGUUAUGGGUACAUAAUCCGUUAUUGGUACCUAAUGCACUCAUCUCUCUUCUCUUGUCUGGAACUGACUGAUCUAGAGCUAGCUAGCUGUGCAAUCAAUCCACCUCCUGCAUUUGAAGGGUUCCGCCAUCUUAGGAACCUCAAACUUUUCGACAUUGUUAUUGGCGAUGAUGAACUAGAACAGUUGAUUUCAAAGUGCCCGCUUCUGGAGACACUGACAUUGGAUUGUAUAGUUGGUGCAUUUCGUUUUAAAAUCAAUGCUCCUAAUCUUCGCUACUUGUGCUUUACAAUCGAAGUGCAAUCGAGUGCCUAUGAGGAUGAGUAUUUCCAUGAAGGUGGAAUUUGCAAUUUGAUCAAGGUUUUUGGUAGUCUACGUCAUAUUGAGAAGCUGAUACUUCAGUAUGAAGCUCUACAGUUUUUUAGCAUGGGUGAUAUACCAGAUGUACUUCCGGCUUCAUUUCUUCAUUUGAAGAAUCUUUCGAUGGCUGUAUCUUACAUGGAUUCGAAGGAGGUUUUCGCCACUCUCUACAUUUUGAGAAGCUCCCCUAACUUGGAAAAGCUUGAGAUUCUCAUUAAGAAAAGAAGAAGAGAACCUUACAACACACCACUUGCGGUCUUCUGGGAAGCACAAGAACAUUUGGGUUGCUUGCUAAAUCAUCUCCAAACUGUGAAGAUGACUAGAAUCAGGGGUAAAGAAUGUGAAUUGCGUUUCAUAAAGUUUGUACUUAUGAAUGCUCCAGUGCUCGAGACGAUGAGUAUUGAUAUAAAAAAGGAGAUUACGAUGGUUAAAAAUUAAGGUUUCUUCGAGAUAUGCUGCAACUCCGAAGAGGUUCCAUGCAAGUCAUUGUCAGAUGCAAUUGGGAAAGUAUUCGAGGGUGUGUUUGGCUUGGACAGCAACAAAAAUAAAUCGCAAAUUUUCUGAUUUCAACUGUUAAUAGAAUUCCUAAGAAAUGUGUUGUAGUACUUGUGAGGAUACAAACAAUCUCUUUCUUUCCAAUGCACAACCUAAAAUAGGUCCAUUUUGCAAAAUUUGGAAA